GGAGGGGGGGCGGCGAGAGCGCUCCUGGCUCCCGGCAGCUCCGCCUGCCUCGCUCCUGGCUCUCCUGCUGCUCCGCUCCUCGCCUCCCGCGCUCCUCUCCCGGCCCGGCAGAGCGCGCUCCCCGACGCCGCAGCGCGGAGAUGAAGGUGCUGGGACACAAGAUCGAACUGCUGACAGGGCUCCUGCUCCACGACGUGACCAUGGCCGGGCUGCAGGAGCUGCGAUUCCCCGAGGAAAAGCCACUGCUCCGGGGCCAGGACGCUGCCGAGCUGGAGAACUCCGACACCUUCCUCUUGGCUGUGGACACAGACUGGAAGGAACAUGACAUUGAGACACCUUAUGGCCUGCUGCAUGUGGUGAUCCGGGGCUCUCCCAAAGGGAACCGCCCGGCCAUCCUCACCUACCAUGACGUGGGCCUCAAUCACAAGCUGUGCUUCAACACCUUCUUCAACUUCGAGGACAUGCAGGAGAUCACCAAGCACUUCGUGGUGUGCCACGUGGACGCCCCCGGGCAGCAGGUGGGGGCGUCGCAGUUUCCCCAGGGGUACCAGUUCCCCUCCAUGGAGCAGCUGGCAGCCAUGCUCCCCAGCGUGGUGCAGCACUUCGGGUUCAAGUACGUGAUUGGCAUCGGAGUGGGAGCUGGAGCUUACGUGCUGGCCAAGUUUGCCCUCAUCUUUCCCGACCUGGUGGAGGGGCUGGUGCUGAUGAACAUUGACCCCAACGGCAAAGGCUGGAUCGACUGGGCGGCCACCAAGCUCUCUGGCCUCACCAGCACUUUACCUGACACGGUGCUAUCUCACCUCUUCAGCCAGGAGGAGCUGGUGAACAACACAGAGCUGGUGCAGAGCUACCGGCAGCAGAUCGGGAACGUGGUGAACCAGGCCAACCUGCAGCUCUUCUGGAACAUGUACAACAGCCGCAGAGACCUGGACAUUAACCGGCCCGGAACAGUGCCCAAUGCCAAGACGCUCCGCUGCCCAGUGAUGCUGGUGGUGGGGGACAACGCACCCGCUGAGGAUGGGGUGGUGGAGUGCAACUCCAAGCUGGAUCCGACCACCACGACCUUCCUGAAGAUGGCAGAUUCCGGGGGACUCCCCCAAGUCACACAGCCAGGGAAGCUGACUGAGGCCUUCAAAUACUUCCUGCAAGGCAUGGGCUACAUUGCAUACUUGAAGGACCGAAGGCUGAGUGGAGGAGCAGUGCCCUCGGCCAGCAUGACCCGCCUCGCCCGCUCUCGUACGGCAUCUCUCACCAGUGCCAGCUCGGUGGAUGGCAGCCGCCCGCAGGCCUGCACCCACUCGGAGAGCAGUGAGGGGCUGGGCCAGGUCAAUCACACCAUGGAGGUGUCCUGUUGAAGCCCUUGGCCCGGCAGAGACACCCACCUGCCCCCGCCCGCCUCAACGUCCCACUGCCAUCCUCGCGCCGGCUCGUUUUCCUUUUAGUUUAUUUUUGUGAAGGCCAAGGGGAGGAAAUGGGUUUACUUCUCUUUUGUUAAAAGGAUGAGGGGAUCCAUCCUAGAUGCUGCAGAACAGUCUCCGGGUGGUUUGAGAGACUCACUCCUCCCCGCCCCCAGCUCACUCACCUUGUCACCUUGGCUGACUUAGACCCCCUCUUCCAACUUCCCACAGUCAGGGCGGGGGACAGGGAGGAAGGGGAUUUGCUAAGGAGAGAGUUCGAGUGCUUCUCUGGGCAGGAUCCAGGAUAAUAUCCUAGACUGAAGAAAGCACGGGAUGGCCCCCUUGGGCGGGCAGUUGGAGACGGCACGUGGUUUUGAGGUGGUGUGCUGGGACAGCAGGAGCCACAGGGUCCAGCUCAGGUACUGAGGGGACAACCAGGAGGAGGCACUGGGGGGCAUUGGGAGGCAGGAAUCCUGGAGCUCUGCAGGCCCCUUUCUCCCCAUCUCCUCCACCAAGCACAUCUGUUUCUGUCUUUUUGCACUUAUGACAAUCAUCUGAACCGUAGCCACAAGGGGGCGCUCCCACCAGGCAGCAGUUUUCCGGGUGCUCUCUGGGCUGGUCUGGUGAUGUAGGGCCAGGCAGGCAGGGUCCAAACAGGGUUUCUCUGCCCAAGGAAGACAGAACACAGAGGACCUAAAAGGCAAGAACCCCAUAGACUGUCUUAGCCCAAACACUCCACCACCUCCUGGCCUUGGCCCGUGUCUGAGCCAAGGCCCAGAGGUAGAAAGUUGCCUGAUCCUCUGUCUCCAUUGGGACCUGAUUUGGGGACUGAGCUUAAAUGCUGGGAUAGCCCAGGAGGGUUGGAUGCACCCAAGAACUUCAUGGUGUCUGCCUUCGGGAGCCAGUAUGUGGCUGGAGACAGUGGUGGCUGAGAGUCCCAGUUCCGUGGAGGACAAGGUUUUUGCCCACAGGUUCCGUGGAGGACAAUUCACUCAGCAGCAGUGUGUCCAGAACCACCAGAAACAUGGUAUUAUCUCUGGUCCUGGUCAAGCUAUGCCAGUAUUUUCUGUGGACAUCACUAAGAAAGAAGAGAGUUUAUUUGGAGAGAAAUGGUCUAAGGUAGCGAGACUUCUGCAGGCCCCCACUGCCAUCUCAGGACGUCUGGAGUGGCUUGGGCUGGGCCUUACUGGGUCCUGGGGUGGGAAGUGAAGGUUGCCGAAGUGAACAGGGGCCAGGCAGAGGAGAAAAGCUCUCCACACACCCUGGUCUCCUCUUUUCACCUGAAGCCCAGGCCUGUGCCAUACACAUCCCACCCACCCACACUAUCAGGGAGAAUCUCCUGACCCAGAAACCAGAGCCACUGGUCUUGGGGCCUAAAUCAGUUGCCACACAACCUGAAACAAGAGGGGAGAGAGCAAUGAGAACUGCAGGGCUGUGGAGGGGACAGUUGCGUGUGGGGUGCUGAGGCUGAGCGGACACCUGCAUCCACCUUUCCUUGGCACAUAUCACCCCCUUCUAGAAUCUUAAGCCAUUACUAGACUGCUCUAGAGCCUGGUGGAGUGUUAGUCUGUCCCCAGUUCUAUUCACUCACGUGCUUCCUUUGAAUAUCAAAUGUGACUGUUUGAAAAGCUGGUAGAAUUAAUCUCUCUUAUUGUAGAUAGCGCUGCAGACCUUGGAUUUUUUUUUUCCUGUGUUCUUUCAGAUGAGAUAUCUAUAAAUAUCUAUACAUUAUAUAUAUAUAUGUAUAUUGGGUCUUCCUGCGUGUGGUUUUCCAUCGGAGGUUGUCUCUUUGGUCAAAGUGAACUUUUAAUGGAGUUAUUUUCCUCUCUGUAUAAAGUGAAGAACCUAAUUUUGUGUAUUCCAGUGGCUGAUGUCAUGAAACUUUGAGAUGACAAAAUGUAAAACAAAUAAAACCCUUGUCAAAGUAGAAAGUUAACUGUGCUGGCAAACUAAUAAAGAAAUGAAGAAGAAUUCGA